GUCCAACCACCUACCUACCUACCUAGUACCUUACCUUUCUUGCCUUAGGUCCUUAGGUAGUUGGGUAUAUGUACUGCGACUAGGUGCUGUACUAAAUAGCGUAGCUGUGCCACAGGACGCCACGCCUCGCCUGUAUCCGCAUCAUUGUGACGGACAGGAACUUCCAACGACAUCUCAUCUCACCAAUCUUCAGCAUAUCCAACCUACCUCGCAGAUACCCUCUCUCUCUCUCUCUCUCUCUCUCAACUCAUCGCUUCACCUCGCCUACCUACCUUACACUCUUCAUCCCUGCAGACCCUGUCUUAGACCUAGGCCCGGACCCCGGACCAAACCACAUCUAGGAGAUUCAUCCAUCCACGCAGUCGACACGAUAGUCCCACCAGGAGGACUACGACCUCCAAAACACAGCACAGGCUUCGUUCGCUUCAGCAGCUUCUCCGUCGUCGCGUCACGAUGCUGUCCUGCUUCGGCUUCGGCCGGCCGUCGCGCGAGGAACGCGAACGCGAACCUCUGCUGCCUCGCUACAACGAUGAUACAGCCUUGCAGCAGCGCCUCCACGAGAAGCUUCACACGUACCAGAUGCUUCGCGCCAUUGGCAAGGGGUACAUGCCUUCCAACGAGCAGCUCAUCAUCAACCUGCGCACCCUCCUGUCCGCCGACAUCCUCAACCCCGACACCCCGGAUCUCAGCGACGCCGGACGCGCCCUCGUGCUGAACGUCAAGCUCCUCAUCAAACAGCUCAUCGAGCUGCUGCUCCACAAGAACGACAAGGACCAGAUCCAGGACUUUGUCUGGUACCUGACCAAGGCCCGCCUGUCUGUCGACGCCUACGACAUUGGCGCACGAGCAUCCAAGGCCAAGGCGAGGGCCGAUACAGUGGCAGCAUACAAGAGCUUACAGACCGUCGGCUCACUAAUCCUCACCAACAAAGACUUCCGUCUCUUCCUCUCGGAUCUGAGUACCGUCGGCCGCGAGGUCUUCCGGGACACUGCCUUCACCCUGUCCGACGUCUCCAGACAGGCGGCCAAGGAUGUUGAACCCUCCAAAGAGGACGAGGAAGCAAUCAAGCAUCCGAAUGGGGACUCGAAGCCUCCGCCAUCCAAGGCCGAAAUCCAGGGCGAAGCUAUAGACGUUUCCAAGGUUGUUACUGACGGCGUCGCCCGUGUCGCCGAUGAGGCUGGUCACAGCCUGGCUGAUCACCUCACCGGCGAGGAGCAGGAGACACUUGUGAGCAGGUUGAAAAAGACAGUCCUCAACCUGCGCGGGAGAAAGGAUUACUCCGACUCAGUUUCGACCCUCUCCCUGCUCAUCCGACGCUACCUUCUAAUCUACUCCCACGCCAUCUCGGACACUAUUCAGGUGGCCCAGGAGGACAUUGACACCAACCCGGAGGCUGACCGCGCGCUUCACAACUUCUGGCUGUUCUUGACCUCGCUUGGGGACCGCGAGCACUGGAACGAGGUCGAGCGCAUAUUCAAGGUCGUCAUGGAACACGGUCGCAGUGACCCCGAGUUUGACAAGCUUGUCAGACAAAUCGGUAACCUGCUCCAAGACAUCCUUACGGAUCCCGACUUCUUCGAACACGCCGAAGACCGGUUCAGGGAGUUGAGAGCAAAGUCGCGGGAGUUGACCUCAGAGUCGUCGAUACGCGACGAUCUCGAUGCCCUGCUAGACCGCGUGCAUCUGGCACUGCACUCUGUGCUUGAGGACACCGACAUCAAAAAAGUCCUGCACACGACCAAGAGGAUCCUGAAGAUCCUGUCGCCGGCUAGCGAGUAUCUCAACGGCGAGCUCUUGGCCGACUCGACCAACAUUUUCAUACCCUUGUUGAUCCAGGCCAUCCAGUACAUCCCGAUCCCUCGCCUCGAGGUCUCGAUGCCGACUAUUGAUCUCCUAUUGGAAAACUUGAUCCUGGAACCCGGUCGCACAGUGAACAACAGCUCAUUCCUGCCCUUCAAGCUCAACAUUUCGACCCAGAAUGACGUCGAGAUCCGGAAAGCGCGGUUCCGAACGACGACUUCGGUCAAGACGCUCAUGAGGAUCACGUUGUCGGGCCUGUCGAUUGCCGCCGAAGACCUCGGAUAUUGGCUGCGCCUCCACUCGGGCAUAUUGAGACUCGCUGACGCUGGGAUUGCGGGCUUCCAUCUUGACGAGCGUGGUAUUGACGUUGCCAUCGAUGUGGAGGUCGGAAAAGAGCGCCUGGAAAACAUGCUUACGCUUCAUGGCGUCCGCGUCCGCAUCCACCAUCUGGAUUACAGCCUUCGGAAGAGCAGCCUUUCCUGGCUCGCUUGGCUGCUUAAGCCACUCAUCCGACCGACGGUCAAGGCCGCAUUGGAGGCGCAGAUUGCGACUGGCAUUAGCGAGGGGCUUCAUUUCGCCAACAGAGAGAUGCUCUAUGCGCGCGAGCGGUUGCGCGCCACUCGUAUUGCCGACCCGCAGGACUUGUGGACUUUCGUCAAGGCCGUGGCGGCGAGAUUGGUGCCACCCGAGGACCCAGACCUGUACACCCGCGUGGGUGUCACGCAGCCUGGACGGGGCGUGUUCAAGGGUGUGUAUGCACCCGGCAGUCUCGUCAAGAUGUGGAACGAAGAGGCGACCCUUGCAGGCGACCGAGUGCAUGAAUAUCAGAGAGACGGCUGGCGCAACUCCAUCUUCGACGUUGGCACCACUGGUGUCACCAUCUAAAUCCUGUGCGAUGCGAUGCUGUAGGUGCGGAGGGAGGGAUACGCGGGGAAAACGACGCUGUCGCAAUCGCUGUCGCAGCCGCAGUCGACUGGGCGGCGGGCAUACAGGCUAACGUUAGCCAAGACUGAACAGCAAAGAGAAGCAGAAGAUGGCACGUUAUGGACUCGAGAGCACAAUGAACUAAUCCUUAUUCACACACGUAAUUUCAGUAGGCAAUGACACAAGCGGGGGAGAACACGGAACUCUUCAACGAAAGCGGCAAGUCGUUUUACCAUUACCAUGACCAACAUUCGCACGUGCAUGUGCCUUGCUUGGCCUGACGCUGAAGAGACGGGCGUGGCGGGCGGACUUUACUCUAUCGCUGUUUCUACGAAGAAGACUAGUUGGGCCGAGUGCAUUCGCUACCUACGCUGCGUCCUAUUCGGUACAACUAUUCCUCCACU